AUGAUAGCAAAUAUAAUUACUUUGUUAGUUUCUUUCCUAUCAUUAACAUUUAUAGGUUUAUUGUACACAGAAAUAGUCACCUAUAAAUACUAAAAGGAUGUUGAAAUAUUUAUUGGUUUCUUGAAUAAGUUUAUAUCAUAAAAUUAUUAUAAUCCUUAGUCAUUUGAUAGAUAAGUAACUAAUUAUUUCUAAGUAGUUUAAUUCACUUCUUGUAUAACCACAAAAUGAUUAUUGUAUCCAAUCUGAUACAUAUAAAUAUUACCAUCCAGAUUCUAUUAUGAAAGACACCUAUACAUUUAGAGAGUAUUCAGGUUUAGUAAAAUAGGCACUAUAACAACAUUUUUUUGAUGUCUUACCUAAUGUUACACUCUACAAAAGAAACAAAGAUAGUAAAUAAUAUUUCAUUUUUAGUACCUAAUAAAUAUAAAUUUCCCUUGUAAUUAACACUACCAUAUACUUAUUAUGAUUAAUUACUAUUUACAUUUAAAGUAGGAUAAAGUAUAUUAUAUUAUCAUUAUUAAAAAUAGGUUCAUUAUGUCUCUUUCAAAACUAUAAUCAUUUACCUUAAAGAUCCUCUUUAUCACACAAAAAUCAAUUGAUGACUAAUCAACUAAAUUAUUUAAAUGAUAUCAAAAAUAAAGGUCUUGAUGAGGAUUGCAUAGUAAUAUAUUAUUUAAUAUUAUUAAGGUAAAUGCAACUUUUCUUCCUAAAACUUAUAGACUUUUUGAAGAAUCUGAAUGUAAGUAAUUUUUUACUUAUUUGAAUUCAACAGAAUAUUAGGAUAAAGUAAAUAAAGAUGGUCCAUAAUUUAUUGUCAAAAUGGGAUUAGAAGUUCAUAGAGGAAGAGGGAUAACAAUGUUGUUUCCAUAAGAAACUGAAAAAUUGAAGGAGAAAUUUCAAAAUGGAUAGGUUUGUGGAUAAAUGAAAACAUAUAAAGUAGCUUAAUAAUAUAUAGGGAAUCCAUUAUUAUUUAAAGGACAUAAAAUAGAGUUUAGAGUUUAUUGGAUAAUUGCAUCAACAAAUCCAUUGAUUGCAUAUGCAUAUGAUAAAACACUUAUUCGAAGAUGUAUUAAUCCAUUUGAUAAAUUUUCAACACUCAAAGGAGCUCAUGUUUGUAAUACAGCAAUUGUUAAGAAAACUUUAUAAUCCAUGAUAAAUGAAUCUCAAGAAAAUGAAGAUAAUGAUGAAAAUGAUGAUAAUCAUGAUGAUGAUGAACUUACAAAUAAUAAUUAAAAUUAAAAUAAUUAUAAAAAUUAAAAUAAUAAUAAAAUUUAAAAUAAUACUAUUAAUAAAUCUAUUCAAGAUUAACCUAAUUUUUAAGAUCUUUAUAUAGAUUGGAAACUUGAUUAUUUAUAAGAAAUAUUAUUAAAAUAGGGUAAAAUAAAGAAUAGAAAAUGGUUAAAAUAAGAAUUGUUACCUUAAGUUGAUAGAAUGAUUAUUCAUGCAAUCAGAAGCACAUAAUAUACAUUUGCAAAAGAUAGCAAAUUAGGAGAAUUCUUUGCUGCUGAUUUUCUAUUAACUGAUGAUCUUAAACUUCAUAUAAUGGAAAUAAAUUAUAAUCCAUAAACUCUAAAGACUACUUAGGCAAGAUUAAAAUAACAUACUAAAAUGGUUUAAGAUAUGGUUGAAAUAUCAAAUGCCUAUUUAAGAAGUAGAUAUAUAAGAUUUAGAAAGAUUAUUGAUAGAGUUUUAGAUAAAUUAUAAAAUGGGAAAUCAAAAUUACAAGAUUUCUUAAAUCAUAAAAUGGGCUAAGAAAUUCAUUAAGCAUAUUAUAGUAGGUUAGAACCAAAUAUUUAGAUUAGUUCAAAAAAUUUAUUUAGAUUAAUUAUGGAUGAUGGUUUACCAGGAACAUCUAAAUAUAAAGACCUUUUAUAAUAAAAGUGUAUGAAAUGAUUUAAAAUUAUAUUAUUCAUUUAUUUUUAAGAUAAUUUAUAGUAAUUUAAUAUUAUAAUAAUUUUAUUAAGAUAAUCUUUUUGUUCUUUUACCGUUGAAAUUAAAAAAUUAAAAAAAAUAAACAACACAAUGUUGAUCUAACAGCAAUAAAGAUAAAUGCCAAAUACACCCAUGCAAAGUAAUGCAAGAAAAGUUAUUGAAAACUUCAGUUAUGCACUUACAGAUGCAAUUGGAAAGGGUUUUAGUUCUGUUGUGUAUAGAGGUAGAAAUGAUGAAACAAAUGAAAUUGUUGCAAUUAAAGUUAUUGAUAAAAAAGGACUCAAAACACCAUUACAUUAUUAAUUAUUAAAAUCAGAAGUAGAAGCAUUAUCAUAACUAAACUCAAAUAAUAUAAUGAGAUUAUACAAAGUUUAUUACACAGAAAAUAAUACAUAUCUAAUAACAGAAUAUUGUGACUCUGGUGAUUUGGGUUCAUUAUUAACUAAAUAAGGAACAUAAAAAGAACCAUAGUUAUAAAAAUUAUUUUCAGGAAUAAUAUAGGGAUAUAAAUAGAUGAAAUAAAAGGGUAAAUUUUGUAUCUUAUUUUAGGAAUUGUACAUAGAGAUCUAAAACCAGCCAAUAUUCUAUUAAAAGGAUAAAUACCUAAAAUAGCAGAUUUUGGAUUUGCUACUACUCCUUAGACUGUUACUACAAUGCCCAAUGUUAAUGUAGGAUCACCAUUGUAUAUGAGUCCUUAAGCAUUUAAAAAUAGAUAUUCUGAAAAAUCUGAUAUAUGGGCAUUAGGUGUUAGUUUAUUUGAAUUAUUAUUUGGUUAAGUUCCAUGGUAAGCAGGAACUGAAAGAGAAUUGGCUUAGAAGAUGGCUAAUGUACCUGUUAAUUUUUCAGGACAUAUUUCAAAUGAAUGCAGAGACUUUAUUUAGAGAUGUUUAAUAGUAGAUGAGAAUAGAAGAGCAACAGUUGAAGAAUUAGAAAGACAUAUAUGGUUAUAAAGAUAAGAAUUAUAAGUAAUUAAAGGGAAUGGAUUCUCUAGUAUUUUUAGAGGUAGUCAUGGUGGUUAAUCAAAUCAUAUUUAAUUUCAAGGUGUUUAAAGUAAUGGUUGUAUAAAUACAACAUCUCCUUUAGGGGAAAAUCAUAAUAAAUAAUAGAUAUUUAUGUAACAAAGAGAAAGUAAUUAUGGAAAAGAAAAUACAUCUUCAAUAUCUAGAUAAUAGUAAACUAGUAAUUAGUAACAAUAAUUAAAAAAAAGGAAGGAAUCAUAAGUGAAUGAAUCUAUGAAACAAGAAUAUUUUAGUUAGAGAGAAGAGGAAUGGAAUGAUAAUAAAAAGAAUGAUUAUAUAAUAGUAGCUUAAAUGAACUUUUGCAGAUAUUUAUAUAGAGUAGCAUCAUUAAUUGACAAAUAUCGAUUUGUUACAACUUCAUAUUUAAGAGAGAAAUUACUAUUUUUAGUUAAUAAGAAUAUAAUGAUCAAAAUAAAUAAUCUCAAAGAAGUCAUAGAUAAUCAUAACUCUCUUAAUUUAAAUAAAUUUGAAUAAUAUAUCUAGAAUCCUUAAUUUAAUAAAUUAAGUGCUGCUAUUAAUUAAUAUAUUCAAAAAUAUACUUUAUAAUUCAAUACUGUUUGGUUAUCUUUAUAGAAUCCAGAAUAAAAAUAAUUAUUAAUUGUUGAUAAAAAGUUUGAUGCUGUUUUUGAUGAUAAUUUUACUGAAUAUGAAUCUUUUUAUAUAAUUCUCAAUUCAAUUCUCAGAAGUGCAAUAAAAGAGAUUGAAUAUUAACUCGAAUAGAAGAUCAAAUUUGAAAAUACUCAAUAAUUAUUACCAAUAGAUAUCGAAGGUGGUGUAAUAUUAUUGGAUUAUUUGAUAACAUACUUUUAAUUAGCAUCACUCAUUCAAGAAUGUUUUGAAGAUCAUUAUGGAUUUGCUGUAGAUUCUAAAAUUGAAUAAAUUGCUGAUGGUAAACCUGUACGUUUGACUUAUGGACAUUACAUUGAAAUUAGAAAUAAGAUAAAAUAACUUGAUAUUUGA